GCCGCGGCCCCAGCCUGUCGCCCUCGUCCCGGGGAAGUGGAGCCGCGCGGUGCUCGGCCGAGCGACGGGCGUCCUCCCCUGGCCACGCGGGCGCUGCGGCCCUGACUCGCGCGUCAUUUACCCGUGGAUCUUCCCCGAGAGUCCGUCUUGUAAAUGUUUAGCAUUUUGCUGCUUCACUGCUGCUUUCUGGGGACGGUGCCCGCGCUGGCCGAGAGCGGCGGAGAGAGGCGACUGAGCCCGGACCAGAGCCGAGUAUGGGGGCCCGGGUUAAACGCACAGGUCGUUCUUCCCGCCCGCUAUUUCUAUAUCCAGGCGGUGGACGCGUCAGGGAACCCCUUUACCUAUUCUCCGGGUGAAAAGGUGUUCCAGGUGAAAAUCUCAGCACCGGAUGAGCAGUUCACGCGAGUUGGAGUCCAGGUGUUAGACAGGAAGGAUGGGUCCUUCAUAGUGAGAUACAGGAUGUAUGCAAGCUACAGGAAUCUAAAGAUCGAAGUUAAAUUCCAAGGUCAACAUGUGGCGCAAUCUCCAUAUAUCUUAAAAGGACCGGUUUACCAUGAGAACUGCGACUGUCCUCUGGAAGACAGUGCAGCCUGGCUACGGGAGAUGAACUGCCCAGCAACCAUACCUCAGAUCCAGAAAGAUCUGGCACAUUUUCCUGCUGUAGACCCAGAGAAGAUUGCAGCAGAAAUCCCAAAAAGAUUCGGUCAGAGGCAGAGCUUGUGUCACUACACCUUAAAGGAUAAUAAGGUUUACAUCAAGACUCACGGUGAACAUGUAGGUUUCAGAAUUUUCAUGGAUGCCAUACUGCUUUCUCUAACUAGAAAGGUGAAGAUGCCGGAUGUGGAGUUUUUUGUUAAUUUGGGAGACUGGCCUUUGGAAAAACAGAAAUCCAAUUCAAACAUCCAUCCGAUCUUUUCCUGGUGUGGCUCCAUGGAUUCUAAGGAUAUUGUGAUGCCGACCUACGAUUUGACUGACUCUGUCCUGGAAACCAUGGGCCGAGUGAGUUUGGAUAUGAUGUCUGUGCAAGCAAACACAGGUCCCCCCUGGGAAAGUAAAAACUCCACCGCCGUCUGGAGAGGUCGAGACAGCCGCAGAGAGAGGCUGGAGCUGGUCAAACUCAGUAGAAAACACCCAGAUCUCAUCGAUGCUGCCUUCACCAACUUCUUCUUCUUUAAACACGAUGAAAGCCUGUAUGGUCCCAUCGUGAAGCAUAUUUCAUUCUUUGAUUUCUUCAAGCACAAGUAUCAGAUAAACAUCGAUGGCACUGUGGCAGCCUAUCGCCUGCCGUAUCUGCUGGUUGGUGACAGUGUUGUGCUGAAGCAGGACUCCAUCUACUAUGAACACUUCUAUAAUGAAUUGCAGCCCUGGAAACACUACAUUCCAGUCAAAAGCAAUCUGAGUGAUCUGCUUGAAAAACUUCAGUGGGCCAAAGAUCAUGAUGAAGAGGCAAAGAAGAUAGCAAAAGCAGGACAAGAAUUUGCAAGAAAUAAUCUCAUGGGUGAUGACAUAUUCUGUUAUUAUUUCAAACUUUUCCAGGAAUAUGCCAACUUACUCGUGAGUGAGCCCCAGAUCCGAGAGGGCAUGAAGAGGGUGGAGCCACAGACCGAGGACGACCUCUUUCCUUGCACAUGCCAUAGGCACAGGACCAAAGAUGAACUCUGAUUUGCAAAAUACCUUCCAUUCAAGUAAUGGUGCUCUGAAGACUUCUUAACUGAAAAGAAGAAUGUUUUUAAGUAUUAAUUGCACAGACAAUGUAAAAUCUGCCGUGUAAUUAUUUGGAUCAUGAAGAUACGUUUCUACCUAUUAUGCUGUAUUCCUAUGACUAUCACUAAAAGCACAUUUUUAGUAUUUUGUAAUAAAACCACCUUUAUUUUAAA